UUUGUGUGUGGGUGCGUGUGUGGGUUUGUUAGGUGUCACAGGUGUCAGCGGUCAGUACCCCCUGGUGCAGAACAUGACAGUGACGCAGGGAGGCACGGUGAACAUGACCUGCCGCGUGGAGUACAACGACAACACCUCCCUCCAGUGGUCAAACCCGGCACAGCAGACUCUCUUCUUCGGCGACAAAAAGGCUCUACGGGACAACCGGAUCGAGCUGGUCCAGGCCACGACUGCGGAGCUGACCAUCAGCCUGAGUGACGUCACGCUGACUGACGAGGGCAUGUACACGUGCUCCCUGUUCACCAUGCCCGUGCGGACUGCUAAGGCCUUCCUCACCGUGCUGGGGGUGCCAGAGAAGCCAGAGAUUGACGGCUUCGUAAAGCCGGCCCUAGAAGGAGACAAGAUCACGCUGACCUGCAUCACCCAGGGCAGCAAGCCUGCAGCUGACCUGCGUUGGUUCAGGAAUGAGAAGGAGAUCAAGGGGGCUAAGGAGGUGAACGCCAGCGGGAAGACCUUCACGGUGCGCAGCUCCCUGCAGUUGGAGGUGAACCGCGACGACGACGGCGUGGCGUACACCUGCAAGGUGGAUCACGUGGCCCUGUCCCACGCCCCCCAGCAGGCCACCGAGGUGCUGGAGGUCCACUACGCCCCUCAUGUGGAGAUAAUCUCCUCCCUCAGCAUCCCUCAGGAGACCCAGUUCCUCAAGCUGGAGUGUAUGUCCAAAGGCAACCCCUCGCCAGACCCCGUGACGUGGUUCAAAGAUGGCGCCGAGCUCCCGGACUUGGAAAGGAUUCUCGUGGAGGGCCGGGAGCUCACCAUCUCCUCCCUGAACAAGACGGACAACGGCACGUACCGCUGCGAGGCCAGAAACCACCUGGGGGUCAGCAAGGACGAAUACGUGCUCUACGUCUACGACGCCCCCACCACCCCGCCUCCACCCACCACCUCACCCCCCCCACCCACUCCUCCAGUCUCCAGUGCCCUCCGACCCCACGCUGCAGACCCCACGGUCACUGACACAGAUCCCAAUGCACUGGGGCAGCACGGUACUGACCACGCCCUGAUCGGAGGCGUUGUGGCCGUGGUGGUGUUUGUCACAUUGUGUUUGAUUAUUGUUCUGGGAAGAUACCUGGCCAGACAUAAAGGAACGUACCUGACCAAUGAGGCCAAGGGGGCGGAUGACGCGCCAGACGCAGACACGGCCAUCAUCAACGCCGAGGGAAACCACGCGCACACAGAGGAGAAGAAGGAGUACUUCAUUUAGACUGCAGGGGGAGCCACUCCGCUCCCCCUCUCCCCCCCCCUCGCCCCCACCGCCCCCCUUCUUUUGACCUCCGUCUCUGCUCUCUCCUCCUCCUUCUGUCCCCCCCCUCUCUGCUACUCCUCCUCCUCCUCUGUGUUGUCUCAGCUUUGGACCCCCGGCUGUGGCCCGCCAGGCUCCCGGGAGGGGGGGUUUCCCGGGGGCCACAGGACAGGGCCAGUCACGCUGUUGUACUGUUACUGCCUUUCUGCACCAUGGCUCCCAUUUCACCGCACACCGUUGGGGUUUUGUUUGUUCGCUUUGUUUAGUUUUGUGAUUUUCACAGGUGGAUAUCUUCUGGAUAUCUUCCUUUUUUUUUGUUUUGUUUUCUAUUGUCCUGGUUGUUUUGGUUCUUUUUUUGUCCACUUCGACACGAUAAUCUUCAACACUUGAGUGCCAACACAACACGUACUGCGACCCUGUCCUCCUCCCUCCCUCCCUCCCUCCCUCCUUCCCUCCCUCUCUGGUUCCUAGAUCUCCUAUCGCACUUGGCUUCAGAUACAUAUCUCAUCACAUGUACACUUCACGGUGCCUACUACUGUACACGCAUGCCCACACACACACACACACACACACACACACACACACACACACACACACACACACACACACACACACACACACACACACACACACACACCACACACACACACAAACAUACACAUGUGCACGCGCAGCUCCAGCCCUGAUCGAUGCCUUCAUGUGUCCUCUGUCAACACGUUGGUAAAGAAAACCAUCUCUACGUUGUCGGCUCCCUGGCUGAUAUUCCAUUGCUAAGGCUCACUGCUCUCAGUUAUGCAUUUCGUUUUCAAAGUUUUCUCUUUGAAUGAAAGCCUGCGCUCUUUUCUGCCUUAUUGAUGUCUUAUCAACCCUGAUUAUGGUAUGCUGAGAUUACCCUCCACCUUUUCUCCUCCUUCUCCUACCCCUCCUCCAAACAGACUUGUAAUUAAAAAGAAAGAAAAAAAACACUUGUAAGAUAAGCAGAGGGAUUUCUGUAACACUGUAGCAGGGUUGGUCCGGUGUGUGUGUGUGUGUGUGUGUGUGUGUGUGUGUGUGUGUGUGUGUGUGUGUGUGUGUGUGUGUGUGUGUGUGUGUGUGUGUGUGUGUGUGUUUACUUUUAACUUUUUUUUCUGUCUAGUUCAUCAGGUAAAGGUUAGUAUAGUAACUGUUUUAGAGAAGCCGAGAUUAAGUCACACCAAAAAUAUACGUAAGAGAUGCUAGGUCUUACACUGCGUCGGACACACACAAUCAAUCACAGAUAUAAAAGGAACAACAUUCGCAAAAAUCUGCUGUUUUUAUGUAGCUUAGCCUGUAUAUUCCGCUCAGCUCUCGCUGUGAUUUUAGCUGAAGCCCACCGCAUCGUAUGUCUCACGGCAUCUCUCUGCUUCUUCGUGAUUCACAUCAUAUAUGGCUCUGGGGGUUUCAACCAACCAACCAACCCUUUGUUUGGACUCCAUACCUCCCCCCACUCUCGCCCCCUUCACUUUAGCCCGUCUCUUGGAGUCUAUAUGAUGACAUGAAUGAACUGUACCUGCAGCUGACCACCGUGUUGAGCCAACAUAUCAUUCAUUCAAACUGUCUCAUGGCAGAUUCAUCGCUGCAUCAGCCUGUACUCUAAAUCUCUGAUAUUUUCACCUACUUGGCUCUUUGCCCCCGCUUGAAGUACAGCCUGCUCUUUACAGAGUAGUUUACAGCAACUCUAUGAUAUAAAAAAAAACGAAAAAAUGACUUUUCUAUGCUUGUGUUGUGAUGGCUGUCGUCAGCAGAUACUCAGUUCCCCCAUUACCAGACGCUAACCAGGCUGAACUACCACAAGGGACACAUUGUACCAUGGCUCAUUUCACCGCUUACUUCACAGGUCCAAAUGUGUUUGAUGUUGGUCCGACCCAGACCCUAUGUUCUGCCCCAAUCCUAAAUACAUGAAGACAAACACAAAAGCACAAAAUUGGUUCGGAGGGGGCGUUCCCUUGCCAAUUACUAGAAUGUCCAAACAGAAUGGCUUUUGACCAGAAUCUCUCUCUCUCUCUCUCUCUCUCUCUCUCUCUCUCUCUCUCUCUCUCUCUCCUCUCUCUCUCUCUCUCUCUCUCUCUCUCUCUCUCUCUCUCUCUCUCUCUCUCUCUCUCUCUCUCUCUCUCUGAGUUUGGAUGAACACGUCUUACUUUGCAAGUGUGUGUUUUAUUUUAUUUGUCUAUACUUUUUUAUUUCACCCUUUUUUGUUUGGUUUGAUGGUAUCUGAGCUCCAAGUUGUAUAUUGUGACUGCUAAAAAAAAUGUGAUUAAUAGUGAAAAAUUGCUGUUAGAUUUUGGAUUCCCUAAUCCCUUCCAAUGUGUAUAUUAGCCACUAUAUCUAUUUACAACAGGAAUUCAUUUUUAUUAAUUUGUUACUGCAUCUGCAUAUCAUGAAAAGGAACCCUUUGAUGAGUUCAAGUACCAGGCAUGUAUAUAAUGUGUGGUAAACUUUACUUUGGUACUACAGAUUGGCAUGCUUUUUUUGGGGUUAUUUCUCUUCCUUAAUUUAUUUGAAAUGAAGUUGUUUAAAAGGGUAUCUACUAUGGCUCCUGAGACAGUGAAGUCUCCAAAUGUGUGUGUGUGGCAGGAUCUCUGGUGCCACAAGUCCAAAGGUUUUGAUUUGAAAGGAGUAAGGGAAAAAGAAAAGUACACGUUGAAUUGGAAAUCUCAAGCUGUAAUUUCGGCUGGCCUUGUGUUUUGUUUGUCAUUUUCUUUCAUAUUUUAGUAGAGACAUCAUCAUUACAUUUUCCUCCACUGACUUUGAAAGUUCAUCCUACAGUUAAGGAUACCAUUGAAGAAGACCAAGUACAGUUUACUUAAAAAAAAAAAUACUGAUGUAUAUUGCAGUCACAUUGAAGAUUUGCCUACAGUAGUUAUGUUUGACAUAUAUGUGGGGCUUUGGGGAAUUUAAUCAAUUAUCAUAUUUCAUAGAAUAAAUUGAAAUAAAUCUUGUAAAAAAAAAAAAAAUAAUAAUAACUGACAACACUAUGGUAUUCAGACCAGAAACAUAUCUACUAGGAGAAAGAAAAUAAGAGAAAUGUUUGUGUUUCAUUUAUAGAGUAAUGUAAAAUCCACUCCUUCUUAAACUGACAAAAUAUAUAGAUUAGUUAUCGGUUACUUUAUGUGUGUAACAAACUGUUUCAGUGAACUCCAAGUUGGAAAUCGUUUAAUGAAUGUCUUUCUCCUUUUUUUGAGUUGAAAGUAGACGUUGAACAUGAAUUAUAUUCCACCCUAGGUCCAACUAUAUAAUAUUACAACGUGUAUCUAUUAGUUUUGAUCCGAGAACACCAGAUUCACAUUUCCACAUUUAAUUUUGCCAAGGCUCUUUGUUGGUUCUGGAUCCCUCCACGAGCAAGAAUACAUUAGUAUUAAACUAAGUGUUAGUAAAUCCAGGCGUUGUCGUGGACUUAAUCUAUUCCUCAUCAAUAAAUGGGUUAUGAGAUACACUACACAUAUUUCAGAGCUUUUAUGAUGAUGCAUUUAUUAAAUUGCAUUUUUAAAACAGUUGUGUUUUUAUUUGCCACAAUGUGCUGUUAGAAACACACAAAAUAUGCACUCUCAUUUACUCGUUUUUCUAAAUAAAAGAUUCAAAUGGAUGUUCUUUUUAUUCGAUUUUGCUCGAUAUGAACUCCAACCUGUACCCACACUUUCCAAAUGUUUUUUUUUUUAUACAAUAGCCAUGUUGUUUUGUGUGUUUAUUUUGUGUGUUUAACUGCCUAUACACCCGCCAGGGUACUCUGUUUUUUAUAGAAUCAUAACUGUUGCUGUUUUUUUGUUGGUCUAGGUCCACAAUUUUCUUUUUGUCCGUUAAAACUAAGCUUUAAACCUCCUGCCUCUGCCACAUCACACACAUACAAACUCUUCAUCUUUUACAGACCACCUCUAAACCCCCACAGAAACGAACCCAUCCACAUCCCUCUCUCAUUAAAAACCAACAACAACAUUAAAAAAAACGAGGUUUCUUUCCUUUGCCAGACGCAACCGGGAUAUAAGAACCGUUUAGUCAUCUGUGCAUCCGAUGUUUGCGUGAGCGAGCAUGUUCUCAGCGUCUCCCCACCGUACUUGGCUGUCUCAACACGCUUUAGCACAUGCCGGACUCUGACACAUGUAGAAAGGCCUGGAAACCCUACAUGGUACCUACUCACAGCUACGUGCCGGGAACCGGCAUGGAGAUUUGCUUUCUUUGUUUUAUUUUGCAUCUCAGGAAUAUUUUCAUCGCUUACAUUUUGAUUUGGUUGGGAGAGGGGGCUGGCGUUUUAGGGUGUAGGGGGAGGAGGGGGAGGGGGGAUAGCAGUUUUAAACCAGUGUUCAUCACUUCCGGUUUGUCGACACCUCAUCUCCUUUCUUCAGUUUAGAACUGUCAUAAUGUUUUAUGAAAAAACAUUCUAUUGUGAUUACUUCAUAUCUUUUUCAUCCUCCUGUCAUCAGGGUUACAGUUUUUUGCUAUAACCACUUGAGAUGUAAAAAUAUAAUGACGGAAGAGUUUCCAAAACACACCGCGCUUAUAUCUGUCUGGAGGAAAAUAACCAAGAUUGUUCAAUGUUACGGUAUGUGUGUAUAUCUACGCUUCUGUCCUUUCUGCCAUCGCUUUCUGACAGAGAAACCUUUAUGUAAAUAUUCCUUUUUCUUUUUUUUCUUUUUUUUUAGGUGGGUGGAGUAGUAAUUCACUUAAUAUCUGUCACUCACAUUGCGCCCAAGACUGCGCUGUAGACACACGUAGUUCCAGUGUGUGACGGUAUGCAGUGCUCUCUGGGUGUAUGGGGGGGGGGGGGGGGGGGGGGGGGUACUGUACAGAUUAGACUGAGUAAUGAGCGCCAUCACUGAGGGUGAUCCUUUCCCCUAGUGGCCCCUGGAGAUAUUUGGUUUUAAUUUAGAGCCUCAUUCCCAUGUUUCCAAUACAAUUGUUGAAUAAAUAGCUGCCAAAACACA